CAACCGCCAAUUUCGCGUUCUUCAUCCGACGCUGUUCCCCCCAACCUUGGUCCUACAAAACCUCUCAAAAGGCACAUCUUUGUCUUGCAGUCCCUACCAACUCCUGCUCCUUUGCCCGACAUCCCGCUACUAUGCUGUAUAAAGGUCUUCGUCUUGCGGCUCGCGCCGCUCCCAAACUCGCGCUCUGCAAUGCGACGCCCGCACUCCGGCAGCUUCCCCUGCAGUUCCAGCAUGUCCGCACCUACGCCGAUCAGGUCAUCAAAGUCCCCCAAAUGGCCGAGUCCAUCAGUGAGGGUACCUUGAAGCAGUGGAACAAGAAGGUUGGCGACUAUGUCGAGCAGGACGAGGAGAUCGCGACCAUCGAGACCGACAAGAUCGAUGUUGCCGUCAACGCUCCCGAGGCCGGUACCAUUAAGGAGUUCCUCGUCAAUGAGGAGGACACUGUCACAGUCGGCCAGGACAUCGUCCGGUUAGAGCUUGGUGGUGCGCCCAAAGAGGGCGGUGCCGAAAAGCCGGCCGCGUCCGAGAGUAAGGAGGCUGCUCCCAAGGACAGCGCUCCUGCUCCUGAGAAGGCUCCGGAGCCUAAGAAGGAGACCAAGCCCGCCGCUGCUCCUGCUCCCACGCCCGCCAAGAAGGAAACUCCUGCCCCCAAGCAGGAGUCUACUCCUGCGAAGGAGGCCCCGGCUGCAUUGGGCAAUCGCGAGGAGCGCAGAGUCAAGAUGAACCGCAUGCGCCUCCGCAUCGCCGAGCGUCUCAAGCAGUCCCAGAACACAGCUGCCUCGCUUACCACAUUCAACGAAGUCGACAUGUCGGCCCUGAUGGAUUUCCGCAAGCAGUACAAGGACGAGAUCCUCAAGAAGACCGGUGUCAAGCUCGGCUUCAUGAGUGCCUUUUCCCGCGCGUGUGUCUUGGCCAUGCGCGACAUCCCGGCCGUAAAUGCCUCGAUUGAGGGUCCCAAUGGCGGUGACACCAUUGUCUAUCGGGACUAUGUUGACAUCAGUGUCGCUGUGGCCACCGAGAAGGGUCUUGUCACUCCCGUAGUCCGCAAUGUUGAAGCCAUGGACCUCGUUGGCAUUGAGAAGUCCAUCGCUGAUAUGGGCAAAAAGGCUCGUGAUGGUAAGCUCACCAUUGAGGACAUGGCCGGUGGCACUUUCACCAUUAGCAACGGAGGCGUUUUUGGCUCCUUGAUGGGUACCCCGAUCAUCAACCUUCCUCAGAGCGCAGUUUUGGGUCUCCAUGCUAUCAAGGAGCGACCUGUUGCUGUUAAUGGAAAGGUUGAAAUUCGCCCCAUGAUGUACUUGGCUCUCACCUACGACCACAGGCUGCUUGAUGGCAGGGAGGCUGUCCAGUUUCUGGUUAAGGUGAAGGAGUACAUUGAGGACCCCAGGAAGAUGCUUCUUUAGGUUGUUGUAGUGGCAAAAAUCAAAGAUCAUGUGUAUUGCACGGGGCUUCUAGUGCUCCCAUAUCAUAUGGGUUGAACAAUAAUAAGAACAACAGAGUAUUGAGAGUUAAGU